AUGGAAGGAGGUCAGCUGUUCAGUGUGGACGAUCGUACGGUCGACUCUCUUGCCGACGCUGUGGUUCUGGACGCUAUCAGCGCACUUCACUCAUUCCUGGCCAGUCCGGCUGACAAGGUGCCUCUUGGCCAGUUUUUCUACGAAGAGGCUGAGGUCGAGACUCGGGGUGGGUUAGGGGUUACAACGCAGGGGGUAGGGCUGGUAGCGUUCACCAGUGUGAAAUGA